CAAUUGCUUCCAGAUACACGCGCGCCUGCCCUUGCAGAAGAUCGCUCGUCGAUCCGACCAUGGCUCGUGAUCGAUGAGGACAGGGUCACAGUUGAGCUUGCACGCACGCCGACGUCACAAGUUCUUUCCACAUUCGGCUUUCGAGGUCGAGCGCCCAAAGACAAAACCACACUCCCAAAAUGCGCCCAUCACGAUCAACACAACUACUUUGCUCUCGCCUGCUGUCGCGGGAUGUAGCUGCUGUAAGACAAUGUAGCUUCCGUCCUUCAAGUCUGGUCGCAGCUGCCUCAGCAAAACACACAUCUAUCCGCACCUUCAGCAACACACCUGCCACGCUAAAGAAAGGCGGCAAAGCAGCCCGCGAGGCUUCUCGUUCCGACUCUUCAUCCUCGUCGUCCUCUGCUCCAGCAGCAGUUGGCUCGGAAGACCCCUUCGACUUCAGCGCCCUCGAGUCCGAUAUCAACGAUGCUGUCGAGAAGCUAAAGGCCGACCUCUCGCAGCUGAGACAAGGUGGCCGCUUCAACCCCCAGGUGCUCGAGUCUUUGCGUGUGCAGCUCAAGCAGGGUGGACCUGUUAAAUUGGGAGAUCUCGCGCAAGUGGUCCCCAAGGGAAGAGUCGUUCAAGUCGUAGUCGGCGAGCAAGAGCACCUCAAACCUAUCUCUUCGUCAAUCCAGUCCGCAAACUUGAACCUAACACCUCAACCCGACCCCACCGGCGCAAAUCCCCUCCUCCUCAACAUCCCCAUCCCACCACCCACCGCCGAGUCCAGAAAGGCCACCGUCAAUGCAGCAGCAAAAGCAGGAGAUGUGGCAAGCAAUGCAGUUAGGAAUGCUAGACAAGGACAACAGAAGAAGUUGAGGGCGAUGCAGUUGGCAAAGACUGCAAGACCGGAUGACUUGAAGAAGGCUGGUGUGCAGAUGGAAAAGGUUGUUGAGAAGGGCGUUGGUGAGGUCAAGAAGAUUGUGGAUGGUGCUAAGAAGGCGCUGGACGCGUAGAUGGAAGAGGUGGGAUGUCGUGUAAGAUAUUGAAGGUGAUCUUUUUAGAUCUGUGUAUAAUAUGCUAUGUUCCUCUUGGGAUUUAUACUCUUAUCAGGUGAAUGCGCCUGCUCUAUGGAUCAAUCUGGUCGACAGGAUCGCGACAUAUCUCGGAC